GGCAAGAUGGCUGCAGAGCAGGGCGUGCGGGUCGUUGGGCCUGGGGCUGGAGCGGGCCUGGGCAAGGUGGUGCGGGCCCUCCUGCUGCUCCUGUAUUUUGCUGCCCGCAGCAGCGCGCUCUAUUUUCACAUCGGGGAGACGGAGAAGAAAUGCUUUAUUGAGGAGAUUCCGGAUGAGACCAUGGUCAUAGGAAACUACCGGACGCAGCUCUAUGACAAGCAGCGAGAGGAAUACCAGCCAGCCACCCCCGGGCUUGGCAUGUUCGUGGAAGUCAAGGACCCAGAGGAUAAGGUCAUUCUGGCUCGGCAGUAUGGCUCUGAGGGCAGGUUCACUUUCACUUCCCAUACCCCCGGUGAGCACCAGAUCUGUCUUCACUCAAAUUCCACCAAGUUCUCUCUCUUUGCUGGAGGCAUGCUGAGAGUUCACCUGGAUAUCCAGGUGGGUGAACAUGCCAAUGACUAUGCAGAAAUUGCUGCCAAAGACAAAUUGAGUGAGUUGCAACUACGAGUGAGACAGUUGGUUGAACAAGUGGAGCAGAUUCAAAAAGAGCAGAACUACCAGCGGUGGCGGGAGGAGCGCUUCCGGCAGACCAGUGAGAGCACCAACCAGCGGGUGCUGUGGUGGUCCAUCCUGCAGACCCUCAUCCUCGUGGCCAUUGGCGUCUGGCAGAUGCGGCACCUCAAGAGUUUCUUUGAGGCCAAGAAGCUUGUGUAGUCAUCCCAGGCCUUACAGGCCAUCCUUCCUCCCAGGCUGGGGGAGAAAGGACCUGCUGGAACUGAUUGCUCUCUGGCAAGAGGA